CGGGAAAGUUUGCCGCGUGUUGAGCAGCGACUUCGACCGAAGAGAGGAGGGAACCGCGCAAUUGGCCCGAGAGUCCGCCGCGCAAGGAAGAACCCCGCGACACAGCGUGCCCCAAGGGUUCCGUCGACGCAUCCUUGUGGACCCAACGUGAGUUGGAGCUGCGGACGAGUGACCCUGUUGACACUUCACGUUUGAGAACCUGAGCACCUGGUCACCAUGAGCUGCCUUCACCUCUUCGCUCUUGUGGUCCUGGCGACGUGCGGAUUCUUUUGUGCCGUGCACGCCAACAUGGAGGAUCCGGACGGCGCACUUAGCAGAAGCCUGCAGCAGCUGUACGCCGGCGACAGCCCGUUCGCGAGGAGCCGUGGCUACGGCCACGACUUGGAUUGGAUCCUGGGCCACCACAGGGCGAGCAAGCGGCUCUCCGAGUUCCUGGGCGGUCCCGGAAAACGAUACUCCGAGUUCCUGGGCGGCCCGGGAAAGCGCUACUCCGAGUUCUUGGGAGGCCCGGGAAAACGCUACUCGGAGUUCCUCGGCGGUCCCGGAAAGCGAUCCGUCGCCGAUGACGUCAUGGCGGCCGCGGCCGAACGCGGUCUGCUCCAUUCGUCGUCGGCGGAGCAGCAGGAGUCCGGCACCGCCGCCGGCUCCCUCCGGAAGUGACGUGUCACUGACGCGUGCUCACCUCGAGCCUGAAAGAAUUCAUGACCGAGCGACCUCUCAUCUCCCUUCGUUACAGUUGCACAUUUCGUUGUCCUUUCAGGAUGAACGCGCUGUGCGCCUUGCACGAAAGAAAAUAAAUGUCGCAGCCCGAUUACGUUGUGAAAACUGCUCUAUAUGGAGUCAGAAACCUAGUUACCGAGGCUUCAUCUCGGCGUGCACUUGGCAGGUGCAGACAAGCUGGCUUCGAAUGUGUUUGCUUCGAUUGCAACGUUUCGGUCUGGCUGUUUAAUUUCAACGUUUCGGUCUGGCUGUUUAAAGGCUGGUAUAGCUUUCUAUUCGCUUUGCUUUAACUUAUUGGAUGUGAAAGGUCUCUGUACAAUUUGUGCGGCAGCAGCCACAAGCCAAGCGUAUCUGCAGCCGUUGAUAUUGAGUACAUAAAAUGUGUCUGGUCCUCUAUCUCUUUCUCGCCUAAUUUGUUACAGAACGUCACACUUGUACCCGAAUCGCUGGAUGUCUCGAGCCAGGCGUGAGCAGUCGACCUGCGGAAUUUUCGUGUGUCGUGGGCUACCCGAAAUAAAUUUCCUGCUUCUUUUCUUUUCUUCCAAUGACUGCCCAUGCAUAUCGGCUACUAUCUAUACUUCCAUGCUCUGCGUUUAUCUUCUGUUAUCUCAGAACGUUCCAGAAAUCAGUUUAUGUACGCUUCUCUUUUCUGCGAAGCUACUUUAGGGCAGAGUUAUUGUUAAUGUCCUGUAAUGAGCAGAAAAAAAAGAUAUUUAAUCAGAAUUCAAAGGUAAACAAAGCGUGACAGCACGCUGGUUUCUCUGGUUUCGUUUAUAAACCCCUGGCUGAAAGCAAUAGCACAACAAUUACUUUCACGUCCGAAGGUUGAGCACUGCUGUACAUCGAGUGACUGUCACUGCUGCUUCAAAAACACUCGUGAAACGUCGUUUUCGUCUCAUCGCAAACGACGUAGCAAACACAUUCCACUGGCAAUACUCAAUGGAGCGUGACGUCAGAGGCAUCCUCAUUAAGCAGACCGGAGCCCGCCGGGGACUUACUUGUUUAAAACAUGGUAGAUCUGGGUUACACGUGAACAGGCGGAGAAAAAAGAAAAAGAACGCUAGUGCAAAUGACGGGCCAUAGAUUGCGCCGCCGCGUAUUAUGUCGCAGGUUUCUGGUGUAUACUCGCCGGAGAUGUGUUGGACGAUGCUUUUCAGGGAAUCCGCCGAGCGACUUGGAAAAUAAUGAGAGUGAGAUAUAAAAAAAAUAAAAAAUGCAAUCAAUAACACGGAUAAGAACUUAAAGCCGAGAUAGAUCGCCAGCUAUGACGCAACAAACAAAAACUGCGGGUAUGAUGGCCUUUGACUUUUUUUUCUCUAUCUUUUUUAAUGUGUCUGUGGCGCCAGAAACCCGCCUCUGUACAGAAUGCGUGGCAAUUUGGCCAAACAAUCAUUGAUAAAGUGUCAGAAGAGCGGGCGUUGGGGAGAAAAGGUUAUAUAUUUAUUAUCGGCCCGAUGCGUGGAACUAAUCGGUUCUUCCCCGUUUGAUUUUGUGACAUCCCCUUUUGAUUCGUUAGAAUCCUGCCUUUAUCUCUCCGUCGAGAUGCAAGUAAACGUGACUCGCGGGUUUGCAUUGUAUUUCUCUCUCUCUCGGCAACAUCAAUCAACCUUUGUAAUGGCCGGCUGCGCUGCAGCUCUUGCGAACGCUGUCAUUGAAGAUGCUGAAGAAAACAGUGUGCCGGGCAUCACGGCACGUCUAUCUUCCCAAUUCUUCUCGUUCCGUUUUCUUUUCUUGACGCGGCUUAGAAAAGAAGAAAUAAAGAAUAUUGUUCACUGA